UUAAUGCUUAUCUCACUGGCCACCGCGGCGCUAAGCGUGGGAAAGUGGGUAAAGAUGUAACCUCAUUGUUUUGUUUACAUAAUUUGUGAGUAGAAAUAUCUGGAAAAUGCCGAAAAAUCCAGAUGCAGAGAAGAAUAACCCCUGUCUGAAGGAACAAGAAAUGUCGUACAAAUGUCUGGAUAAGAACAAUUACGAUCACGGAAAAUGUGAGAUGUAUUUCCAGAACUACAAAAACUGCAAACACUUCUGGGGAAGAGUGAUGAACGACCGGAAGAUUAAAGGCAUUCAACCUUAUCUUCCUAAUAUCGCCGAAAGAGAGUCUAUAAAGGCUGAAUAUAUGAAUGCUUCGCCCAAGUAGCACUUGUUAUCUCCAUUUAUUAUCUGAUUAGAGAAAUUUUACUUAUAAUAAAGGCAUAAUUUUUCUAUGAAAGUCAGGAAAGUAGAAG